AUGUCUUUGUCUGAUCUGAUUCAAAAUGCUAAGCUUAAAUUUGGAGCUACUAAACCAUAUAGCAUUCAAACAGAGUUUGCAACAGACAUGAUCAAAGCAUUUCAAGAGAAUAAAAUCGGAUUUUUUGAAAGUCCCACAGGAACAGGUAAAUCAAUGUCUGUUCUAACAUCCUCAUUAGCAUUUAUACAAGAAAAAAACAAAGAUAUUGCUGAUUCUUAUGCAUAUGGAACAGAUAAUGAUGAUAUUGCAGAUAUUCUUUAUGCAAACAAGCCUAAAAGAAGCAAAUUAAUAGUUUGUACAAGGACUCAUAGUCAAAUUAAAGAACUUGUUAAUGAAUUAAAGCGUCCAAGUUUACUCAGAUAUAAAGAUUCGCGAAGAACUACGCGCUGCAUCUCUCUUGCUUCCAGAAGAUUCUUAUGUAUCAAUGAUGUAUAUGCAAAUUAUUCAGGUUCUGAGCUAAAUAACGUUUGCAAAAAAUCGUGUGAUUAUUAUAAGAAUUUUAAAGACAGGAAAGCAGAUAUUCUCAAGAAAAUAUCAACCGAGCCACAUGAUAUAGAAGAUCUGAUGUCAUUUGGCCGCGCUGGUAUCUUCUGUCCCUACUUUGCUUCAAGAGCAACAAUUAGAUUCAGUGAUGUCAUAUUAAUGCCAUACCAAACUCUAUUCCAGCAGCAAACUCUUGAAUCCCUGAAGAUAGACAUAUCGAAUGCAUACAUUGUCAUUGAUGAAGGCCACAAUUUAGUUGAUGCACUUAAUUCUAUGUAUUCUAUCUCUCUAACCAAAGCAGAAGAUAUCACAGGAGUUACCAAUGGCCUCAAAGAGUUCCAAAUGAAGCUUACUAAAGUAAAAGGACCAAUUUCAGAAGAUCCAUCAAAAUUAGAAGACGAUAAGAAGCCAGUUGAAGAAACUCCUCAGAACCAACUUAAAAAAGAGAUUAUGAUGAACAUGUCUACACUUAAUAGAAUUGCAACUGGCAUUAUUUCUGUAAUGAAUAAAGUUGCUAAAGGACAAUUGCCAAAAGUAAUGGAAAUGAAUGAUUUUCAAGAAUCAUCAGGCCUGAGGAACAUCAAUCCCUUCAUUUUGCUUGAUUUCGUGCAUGAAAAAUCCUUAGUUUACAGAAUUUGCGGCAAAAAAGAAGAAAAAGAAAGAUUGUCAUCGACAACAGCCUUCAGAAAGCUUUUACAGUUCGUUGAAGCAAUGGGAAACCCAGAUAAAUACGGAAGAGUCAUUGUCACAGAGAACUCUGUUUCUUACAUGCUUCUGAAUCCUUCUUUAGUUUUCGCACAAGUUGCAAAAACUGCAAAAUCUGUUUGUUUGGUCGGAGGAACUUUGCAGCCAUUUUCUGACUUAACUGCACAGUUAAUUGACCAAAACUCGAUACCAGAGGAUAGAAUCUUUACACAUGUGAACGGGCAUGUUAUUCUUGCCGAAAACGCGUUGACUUUUUGUCUUCAUACAGGUCCAAACAAAGAAAAACUCGGAUUUACUUAUGAAACACGUCAAAACGAGAGAUUGUUUGACGAAAUUGGCCAAAGCUGCUUAGAGUUAAGUUGUGUUGUUCCAGGAGGUAUCAUAUAUUUCUUCACAAGCUUUGAUAUAUUAAACAAAGCUUACAAAUACAUCGAAACAAAAUCAUAUAAAGAGAAAAUAGAAAACCACAAAUUCAUAUUAAAAGAAACACAAAAUCCAAAUGAUUUGGAUAAACUCAUGAGAACAUUCAAGAGCCACAUUGAUAAACAAAGAGGAGACUUCACAGGUGCUGUUCUUUUCGCAGUAAUGAAUGGAAAACUGAGUGAAGGAAUUAACUUUGCAAAUGAUUAUUGUCGAUGUGUUGUUUGUGUUGGAAUGCCGUUUUCAAACAUGAAUGACAUGCAAAUUAGCGAGAGAAUGAAGUUCUUCGACCAAAUGCAGAAAGAUGGAAUUUCCUCGUGUGGAGGAAGACAGUUUGUUGAGAAUACUUGCAUGAGAAUCGUCAAUCAAUCAAUUGGAAGAUCAUUUAGAAACAUCAAAGAUUAUGCUGUUGCAAUUUUAUUCGAUGAAAGAUACAAUGACCACAAACAGCUUCUUCCUGGAUGGAUCCAAAGAAAUUACCAAGAUAUACAAUAUUGGAACGAUGCAAUGAAUUCCGUUAAAUCAUUCUUUAAUAAGAAACAUUAA